GGGAGUGAUACGGCGCGCGGGCUGGGAGGUUUCUCUGUCCCGCCAACUCGUCUGCCCUGCCCGUCCCCGCCGCGUCCCGUCUACUCGUCUCUCUCGCGGCAGAGGAUCCGUCGUGCCCCCCUCGCCAGUGUUGCUUAUACCCACCCGUCUCAGCAGCGACCCGAGCCUCGGCGGAUCCUCUGAGCCAACGAACUGUCUGCUUCGCCGUCUCCACGACCCAUCCCCUUCGCUCCUCCUUGCUCUCGUGCCCCGCUCGUUCUCAUGGUUUCUCUCAGCAUAUCUCGGUCGCCUAGUCUAGUCUCGUCGCCCUCUCAGAACAGUUUCAAGCAUGCAUUGCCCUCGCCCUCGGACUCUCAUUUCAACUCGACAUCCUCCACCAGCAGCUCCUCCUCCUCCUCGUCCCACAAGAAGGAUGAUGAGGAUAUGACCAUAACCGCCAGCCGCUCACUAAUGAAGCUCAAGAGCACCGACAAGAGUAAAGAAGCCCUGCAUCUCCUCGCCCUCUCGACCCGUAUCACAGAACUGUCAUACUCCAUCUCGGACAUCCAGACGCGCAUUUUUGAAAUCCAGGAGCUGCGACACAAGUCGCAGUCCUCGGCCGACUCCAAGGAUGCAUCCGGUGUCAUCGAUCAGUCUCUCUCCAGCCUGGACGAACGCCUCGAGACCGUGACCGCCGGCAUCAAGUCCGUAAACGGCUCCCUCGAACCGCUGCUCAAGGCCGGCGACAGGACCUCGGUCGCGUCCGGCCAUGUCCCCAGCGAGGAGACCCUCUUGCUGCGAAAGCAUUCCGCGAUGUUGUCAGAAUGGGAGGCGCUGCAGAAGGAGAUACAGGUUUUGCGCGAGGAACUGAAGGAAGACAAGUGGCUCACUGUCUUCCGAACAGUGACCGACCAGGCGGAUGGAAUGAUGUCAAGUUUGGAGAAGGCAGUCAAUCGCUGUCAGGAAUUUAUAUGGAAGGUACAGAGUGCUCUGAACGAUGCGGGAACCCCUUCCGUAUCUUCUGUUCGCUCUGAGAAGUCGCCUGUGAGCUUUGAUACGUUCCAAUCACUCCUCGAUUCGUUCGAGGCGAAGAAGAAACACUACAUGCCUGCCACUACCAAAGUUCUUUCAAUUAUCGACAAGGGAGUCCAAGAUCGCGUCACCAAGAACGGCGAGUGCUUGAGAAGACAUGCAGAGUCCACACAGCGGUGGCACAACCUCAGAGAGCGAAUAGCCCGAACAGAUGCUGAAAUGGGGGCCGUCCGGCGCGUGCUUACCGGCGAAGAUAUCAGUGCCGCCUCAAGUGAAGCUGGCUCCAGUACAUCCGGCACGACGUCCAAGUCUCGGCCAAAGAAUGGAUUUCUGCAAACACCACAGCUGGAGAGAUCGUCAAAGGAACGGACACACAGUUCCAACACGCUUUCUCGUUCCAUUUCUCCGUUCCGCAGAUUCGCAAAGAAGUUUACUAGUGGUGGAUCGCACAAGCCGCCCCCCGGAGCUGUGACGCCAACGGCACCCGCAAGCCCAAAGCGCGUCCCGUCCUCUGAACCUGGGCGGUCGCUCCGCCAUCGUGCCUCGAUGUUACAUUUCAUGGGCGGAAGCACGCAGCCAGUAACACCAGUCACGCCCUCCCACAAGCACUCACACAGUCUGACCCCCGAGUCGUCCCCGUCCGCGAAGAGGCUCGAGAGGAUGGAGAUGAAUACAACGCUCAAGCACCGACCCGCGUGGAAUAGCUCCACGAAAGUCCAGGAUGAAGACCGUUCAGGCACAGUCAAGUUGUCUCCUGGUCGGCCGUCCACAUCGUCCAGCAUGUACCGGCGGUCCGACGACAUACCCCUUGUACCACCACUGUACAAUCGCAGCGCGUCGCGCAGCUCUAUGGCCUCCUCCCGGCCCUGGUCCCCCGUGACGUCUUCCGUAUCGACCGCACAAUCCUCUACGACCCCAUUUUCUAUGUACCGCCCACCUUCGCGCUCGAACACGCCCGGCCUCCCCAUGUCCUACCGUCCCCCGUCACGGUCGCAGGCGCAGACGCCAGGCCUGCCGAUGGAACCUCGCUCGCGAUUGAGGACACCCAGCCACAUCCCCGCGCCGUCCAAGCCGCACUGGAGCUCCAUGUCCUCGUCGCCCUCCGACACCUCGCGGGACGGCGACGACUCCCUCCUACAGCGCGCGUUCUCGCCCACCAGCCCGCGGUCGCACACGCCCGGCGGGAGCGUCAUCCCCGCGCGCCCGCCCAGCCGUUCCAUGAUCCCCAUCCCGAGCGUCCAAGUCAUGUCCGCAUCCCGCCCAGGGACGAGCAUGGACUACUUCCGCCCCGACAGCUCGAUGUCCUUCCGUACCUCCGCCGACGGCGCGCGCACGCCCGACAUCCUCAAGGCGAUGCGGGCGACGCCGCGGCUGUCCAUGCCUCCCUCCAGCUUCCGCGAGUCCGCGAGUCCGCGCACCCCCGGGCAGGGCUCGCGCCCGCCGAGCCGCUCGGGUGCGGGCACUCCUAGCGGGGAGCGCGACGGGAGCGGUGUGCCCGUCUACGAGUACGUCCCAGUGAGCACGCGCGAUCCGCUCGACAUGGAGAUCGCGAACGUCGUCAACUCCCUGGCGCAUGGCCUCAUCAUCAAGCGCAACGACCCCCCGCUGCGCGGGACGCCGAAAGAGAAUGACGAGAUACGCGCGCAAUAUUCGUUUGCUGGCCCUCUCACGACCAAGAUUGUGACUUGCAAGCUAACGACGCUCUCCCGCCCUGGGGCGAGUGGCAAGUCGAAGCGGGUGAUGUGUCGAGUUGGAGGAGGCUGGCAAGAUCUGCGCAUGUACGUAUUGAGUCGCCAGACGUGAGGAGUGGGUUUAGGGCAUAGGAACGCGGUCGAUACCGCAGAUGUUUUGCAACAUAUAUCCACUAUAAUCGUCGACGUGUCCAUCUACACUCGUUUAUGCAUACUCACUCUGCAUGCAUUCUUUCACUGCAUCG